AUGGAAUUCCCGCCUGUCGAACAGCUGGGCUAUGGACUCAACAUGUUGACCACAACGCCCUUGAAGGUUGACGCAGUGAUCGAGUCCAUACGGGCUCCUGUCCGUCUUCUUGACUACGACGAAUACGACACUCGACCCUAUGAAGUCGAUGGAGUUACCUACGCCGUGCCCAAGGCUAUAGGCGUGUCUGCUGACGCCAAUACCAUUAGCAGCACUUUCACUACCUACAAGACCGGUGGCGAAGCAAGCUUUUCGUUCCAGAAUGACGGGUCGCUUGCAUCCUUGUACUGCGGGGUCACAGGAAAUGCAUCUGUCAACGCAGCGACCAACAAGAUGUUUAGAAACACCAACCAAUGGGCCUUUUACUGCUUCUAUAAGAAUAGGUACCUGGCACAGCUGAAGAACUACGGCAGUCUCCUACAAGUCAAUCCCUUGGCGGCAGCAAUUCGGCGACUACCAGAGCAGUUUGACGGCGACAACAAGACUACGGUUGCUGCGUACAAAAACUUCUUUGACACGUAUGGAACCCAUCUCAUCACCAAAGUUCGUCGAGGGUCCCGAUUAUUAUUGCAAGCUUGGGGAGAUAAUUCCGAUCAAACAAUUAACGCUCAAUGGACGGCUUACAUUAGGGCAUAUUACGGAGGAAUCCCCAGCGGCGGCGAGUAUGACGAGUCUGUGAAGCAACAGGCACAUUACCAGACGUUCAAGAACAUUGUUCAGUACUCCAACUCGGUUCAAGGAGGGGAUCCUCAAACUGCAGGGAGGAUUAUGCAGAAUCCAUCCAAAUACGACGAGUUCCAGAAGUGGGCCGACAGCGUUGAUAGCCACGCGUCUCAGCUUUCUGGGUUGGUUGUUACAGAGCUCUGGACAGUGAUGGAGCUCUCGAGCAGCGAAUACCUACAAGAUGCCGCGGCCAGGAUCGAAACUGCCUUCUUGUUCAUUCUAAACAACCCAUCCGUCUACAAAACUGCUGUGACUCUGCAUGUCGAGUCUGACUGGGCUGAGUUCGGCCUGAUUACUCCGAGCGCUGUGAUCUUGCCAGGCGAGAGGAUACCGAACCUCACUGUGAUCAGUGAGACGAAGGUCAAUUUCGGUAAAGAGAAGUCGCAUGUUUACUAUCGCGAGAUAAUCAACUUCUACGUCGUCAAUGACGGCUCCCCGAUCGACUUUUACAUCUCGCAUGGUUCCCUUGCGGGCGCAGGCAAGGGUACUGCUAGAAUCGUUAUGGCUGGGAAAUCAUACGAGAAUAACGACAUUAUUGACGAUGAUUAUAACACGAAGUGGUUCUAUCAAGCACCUGUGGGCGGCACUCCUGAGUCCUUCCAUUUGAAACAUCGGGUUGGUGGAAUCAAUGCCUGGGAUGCAACGCUGGACGCGUACCUGAAGACCCAAAGGGUAGAGGAGGGGCCAACGAUUGGCCACGUUCGGGUUGGUCGUGAUGGUGGCUGUCAACGUGAAGAAGGAAGUAAAGAGUAG